AUGUCGGGUGCGGGUGCGCGCGAUCAGCUCUGGGGGCUCUGUGUCCGCAACAUCAUCAGUCAAGGCCUCUUGUGGGGUUCGGUCGGCUUGUCGCCUGGGUUCGGGACUCGUUCGUGCAGUCAGCCAGUCAUUAGGUAUCGCUACCCAGGGUCUAUCGCGGAGCUGCUAGGUGUAUCAUCAAUGGUGAAUGCUUACAGUGGCAGAGCUAGCAGCUCAAAUCGCCUGGAGAACUCGGAGCACCCAGAUGGUGUUGACCUCGAUGCAUACUACGCAACACUGGACGAUAGUGGCGGUCAUCCUGCGGCUUCGUUUGCACUCGAAACAGCAGAGGAUUUCCGCAACACCUACGAUUCAGAUAACGUCGUUUUCUCUCCUCAAGGACGCCUGCAUCAAGUCGAAUAUGCGUCCGAAGCCGUGAAGCAGGGUUCCGCGGUCGUGGGGCUCCGUUCCAAGACACAUUCCAUCCUUCUGGCACUGAAGCGUUCAUUGGGCGAACUGGCGUCAUACCAGCAGAAGAUGUACAGGAUCGACGACCAUGUUGGUAUUGCGAUUGCUGGUCUGACCUCCGAUGCUCGCGUCCUCAGCAACUUUAUGCGCCAACAGGCCAUGUCCUCCCGCAUGGUUUUCAACCGCCCAAUACCCGUGAACCGCCUCGUAUCUUCCAUCGCAGACAAGGCACAAGUAAACACGCAGGAGUACGGCCGUCGGCCCUACGGAGUCGGCUUCCUCGUCAUUGGUCAGGACAAGACGGGUCCUCACCUAUACGAAUUCUCGCCGUCCGGAAACUCAUACGAAUACUACGCUAUGUCCAUUGGCGCCCGGAGUCAGAGUGCGAAAACAUACCUCGAGAGGCAUUUCGAGACAUUCGUGGACUGUAGCCUCGAGGAUCUCAUCCGGCAUGGCCUGCACGCGCUCCGCGAGACGCUCCAGCAAGACAAGGAGCUUACCAUACAGAAUACGUCGAUCGGCAUUGUGGGUCCUGCUGGCGCACAUGAAAAAGAGGUCCCCUCUGAGGGCAGUUUCCGCAUUCUCGAAGGCGACUCAAUUACAGUAUACUUGCAAAGCAUGGUGCCAAAAGGUACGGUCGAUCCUGAUCCGGAGCCUGCAUCUGCGGCUCCCGCAGAGGGUGGUGAGGCUCCGCCACCCGCUGCAGGUACAACAGCGGAUGAGGACGUGCAGAUGGCCGAUCAGUGA